GAAAAGAAGUUUCUAAAAGACAUUAUCAAGAAACUUGCAAUUAUUGUUCUUAUUCUCAAAAUAAAGGAUCUUUUCAAGAUUUUGAAGAACAUUUGGCUAACAAUUGUCCUAAUGUUCCAAGUGAUAUUAAACAAAUAUAUUUAAACAAGGUUUUAGCAAGAUUUAAAAAUCCAAGAGAAGAAUCUAUUAAAAAUAUUCAUCAAACAAAAAUAUAUGAUUUUAAUAAAAGUUCUAAACUUAUAUUAGAAAGGACUAAUGAAAUUAAUAAAGCUUGUGUUAAAGCUUUUGUUAUAUGUGAUAUAUCAUGGAGA